AUGAGCAGCAGAGAUUGCACCGAUACGUGCGAGCAGUAUGAAAAAGCUCUGGGACGUAUCCGAGAAGACAUCGUGGACAGCAUGGAAGCCUGGAUUGCGAAAAUAACUGACAGCUCUCAUGCCAAACAUCAUGGUGUCCUCAGCACUCCUGCCAUAAUCUUCUACAGGAAACAGAACCCAAUCCUAUAUGAUGGUGCUCUGAAUGAAGAUGAAAUGCUGGAAUUCUUCAUCACAAAUAGAGAAUCUGACACAAAGGUUCUCACAGAUGAGAACUUUGAGCACCUGACGCAGGCUUCCAGUGGUGCUACAACAGGUGAUUGGCUGCUUUUCUUUCAUCAUGAUGGAUGUUCAGCCUGCGAAGAAGUAACCCCAACAUUGGAAGCUGCUGCUUCUCGUAGUCGCCACCAUCAGAACGUGGCAAAGAUCAACAUGAAGAAGGGAGGAGUGAAGACAGCCAGGCGAUUUGGCAUCUAUGAGGCACCCAGCUUCCUCCUAUUGCAUCUCGGGCGUGUUUACAGAUACCCGUUUCAGGAGACUUCUGUUGAAACUUUGAUCAAGUUCAUGCAGAAGGGGUUUGACCUCACACAAGGAAAUCCUGUGCCUUUACCGAAGUCAUAUCCGGAGGAAGUAUGGGACUCAGUCAUCGCUUAUGCGACAGAGAACUGGUUGUACCUGGUGCUCGUGUGUUCAGGAAUCCUGCUCAUGGUCUGCAUCGUGAGCUACAAUGCGAUCGCCUUGGCCAAGGAAAAAGCAGAACUCCAGCAGAAGCGAAAAAAACACAAGAGACUAUGUGAUUCAUGGAGGGCAUACAUAGGAGAUGCCACCCGCUUCCGAAACGCACUCCAUCUCCAUGACGACUGCGACACGACGGAUGUGAAGACGGCAGAUCGAGGACAGAGAGAAGCACGAUGGAAGGAGAAACCGCUUCACGGCCAGCAUCCCAAGAUCAUGGAUGAACCAUCGAUCGACUCGGACGUCAGCUAUAACUGGCUGAAGACGGGACUGUUGAAUGCCGAGACAGAGAGCAACAUCCUAACCAUUCAGGACCAGUGCAUUGUUCCGAUCAUCAUAGGCACAACUGGCGUCGUCCUGAAAGACCUCAAAGGACAUGUCAGGAAGCUGGAGUGUGAAAUCUCACUCGAUAUCCACCAGCGUACAGCAAUCUUGGGCACGGCCAGCGUCCUUCGCCGUGAAUUCGUCAGAAUUAGGCGAGUCUGGGAUGUGGUUCAUCCCCCCUCGUAUCUCCGAUGCCGGCAGGUGCCUUGGAGUCGGCAAACCGGGUUGAGC